CCAUGGACAAUCUCAGGAUUGAGAUCAGUCCCGUAUGUUGAACUUCAAGAACUUGGUACAUCGGUCCGUUGGAUGUGGACCAAAUCAUGCGUCAUGAAGAAUAGAAUGCGUCACAAGUCACCAACCAACCAUAUCAGAGUCUUCGGUUCAUAGCGGGGUUGAUCGGGAAGAAGAAAGUUAGAAGAAAGAUACCUUUGCCUUUCGUUACUGAAAGGUCAUCCAUAUUAUUUAGAUUGAAUUCUCCAAUUUCAUUCUCCAACAUCCUCCAAAUACAAAAAGUAAAAAAUAAUUGCAGUAAAACUAUCACGAUGACGAAAGUCCGACAAGCAGUACGGUGGUCUGUCCUAAUUGUCUUGUCCACCCAAUCGCUUUUUCUCUUCUCAGAUGCUUUCACACCUUCCUUUGUUUGGCAGGAAAAAGCCAGCAGUUUUUCUUAUGYUUCGAGAGCUAGCGACCACAAGCCGUUGUUGAAUUCAGUCGCUGCUGCCGUUACUGGUACUGCCAGUGGGCUACAAUCUACAUCGGGGAYCCGUUUUUUCGAUGAUCCGUCUUCAUGCAAUGCCGAUCAAGAUGUAGACAGAGUCUACACGGUGCAGAUCCUCAUGAGCGCGACAGGCGGCGGUCAUCUGGCCAGCGCAAUUGCCUUGGAAGACGCCCUGAAUUCCCUGUAUCCAGGCAAAUUCGAAUGCGACAUUGUAGAUAUCUAUACAGAAUACGGUCCCUUCUGGCCGUACAACGACCUAGUGCGAAUGUACAAGCUCAUGGCAGAAUACUCUUGGAGUUGGGACUUGUUCUACAAAUUUGGUGAAACCGGAUUUGGCCUUCGAUUGAACGAAUGGAUGCUAGAUGUGUUUUGUUACGACGCAUUUACGAAAUGCAUGGAGCGCAAAUUCGAGUCGACGCAACAGCGAGCCGAUAUGGUGGUUUCCGUGCAUCCGCUGUGCCAAGACCUUCCUUUGAAGAUUUUGGCCGAUCUGGAUGCUGAUGCCGAAAGAAGUACUCCAUUUGCCACCGUUGUUACCGACUUGGGUGGUGCGCACACGACAUGGUUCAAUCCUGGUAAGUGCAGUGUUUUGCCUUUGGAUAGGYGCGGCGAUAUAUCUUGGCGUAYGUGAGUUCACUAACGAACCUCUUGUUAUUUCUGAUCGAAUGGUUAUUUUUUGCGGUUAAGAUGUCGAUAAAUGUUUUGUUCCAUCGGAUGUUUUAAAUGAGAAGGCUCAAUCCCGUGGACUGGAUAGUUCUUCCCAGAUUGUGCAGUACGGCCUUCCUAUUCGAAAGGGAUUCUGGCCAAAAUCAAAAAGCAAGAGCGAUGCCAGUUCUGUCGUUGCCGAAGUGCGGCAAGAUUURGGUAUCAGCAACCUCCCUACCGUCCUCGUCGUUGGUGGUGGUGAUGGCAUGGGUGGGAUCGUAGAUAUUGCUUCCACGUUGGGAAAAACGCUUGGAAAUCAAAACGGCAGCAAUACCAAUAAUCCAGACUAUCAAAUGGUUGUUGUUUGCGGGAACAACCAACAAGCGCAGCAAACACUCAAAGGGAUGGAUUGGCCGAAAGGAGUGGAAGUAAACGUCCAAGGGUUUGUACGCAAUAUGGACGAAUGGAUGAAAGCYAGUGAUUGUCUCGUCACGAAAGCUGGUCCUGGUACCAUUGCCGAGGCUUCAAUUUGCAGCCUUCCUUGUAUGUUGUUCGCCUUUCUGUAAGUUGCUAGUUUGCAUCUCUGUCCUAGUAUGCAUUGAAUUUACUGAUAUAUGUAUCACUUACCUUCUUGUCGCUCCCUCUAUCAGGCCCGGRCAAGAAGAAGGCAAUAUACCUUUCGUAGAAGAAGCUGGUUUUGGAAGAUACAGCAGUGACCCGAACGAAAUUGCAGCCACUGUGAGCUCCUGGCUGAGAUCCCCCGAGAAACUUCGGGAAAUGAAACACGCAGCCCUAUCCGCAGCGCGACCUUCCGCAACACUCGAUAUCGCACGCGAUUUGGCGGAAAUUGCCYUCUCAACCAACRGCCAACAGCAAGAACAGGAAGCAGAGAUGAUGGUCACUGUACGGUAGAAGUUCCCAGCAACRCAAGAGACACUGUUGUUCAAUAUUACUGUACCACCGAAGAUAAUUAAGAAACGAGUUUGCUAGAC